UCAACCACCAGCAGCCGCAACCAUGAUGGGAAAGAUCAUCUUCUACGAGGAGAAAAACUUUGGAGGCCGUCACUAUGAGUGCAUGAGUGACUGCGCCGACCUGCACUCCAUGUUCAACCGCUGCCAGUCCAUCAGAGUGGAGAGAGGCAUGUUCAUGAUCUACGACCGCCCCAACUACAUGGGAAACCAGUACUUCAUGAGGAGGGGAGAGUACUCCGACUACAUGCGCAUGAUGGGCAUGAAUGACUGUGUCAGGUCCUGCCGCAUGAUCCCCAUGCACCGUGGUAACUUCAGGAUGAGGCUGUACGAGCACUACGACAUGGGAGGUCGUAUGAUGGAGCUGAUGGACGACUGCCCCAACCUCAUGGACCGUUUCCACAUGAGUGACUUCAACUCCUGCCACGUGAUGGACGGCCACUGGCUGAUGUACGAGCAGCCCCACUACAGGGGCCGUCACUACUACAUGAGGCCCGGCGAGUACAGGAGAUACAGCGACUGGAGCGGCAUGAGCCCCAGGAUCGGCUCCAUCAGGCGCAUCAUGGAUCUCUAA